CGCAAACAUGACCAAAAUGUAAACAAAGGGGGCUGCAACCGACAUUUGUACGGAUUAUCUCUUUUAUAUUCUUUUAAUACGGAUUUUUGGCAUAAAAUGAAACAAUUCAAAACGCUGGCUAGAGAGAGCAGCAGAUUGCUGUGUCUGUCUGCCAAUCUACGGGACUGUCCGCUAAGGGGAUCGGGGCUCGGAAGGGAUUAAUCGCACACCCUUGCCAACGAGCUUCUUUCCCUCUGUGGAUCAAUUGCAUAACCGUGUUAUUAUAUAAAUACAUCCCCAGUAAACCGUAAACACUGAACGUUUGUCAAGACGCCGAUGAAAGGAGCUGAUUGCGCCGUGAAUGGGUCAUCAGGGGAGCUGAUCCUCGUCUGCUCCCACCACCACUACUCCUGCUGCUGGACUGACCGCAGUCAUCUGCUCGCAGUUCUCAUCUUCCUCCUCCGCCUCCCCCCUCCUCCUCUUCCUUCUGUCUCUGCAGGGAGAUAAAAGCCAAGGUCCAGUCAGAGUCUUGACUGGCUGCAAAAGGCGCGCCCACUGCUGGUUGCGCACUUCUUGGAAAAGAAAGUGUAUACCUGCUCCGAUCCAGUUUCAACCGAGCAUCCGGAGAGAGAGGGGGCUUUCAUGGGAAGGAUAACGUACGGAUUUAGGAUUCAGCUCCUUGAGUGAAUAACUUUUGAGCAAAUAGUCGUGCAGAGAUGUCUCUUCAGAGGAUUUUUCGUGUGGUUAUUAUGGGACCUCCGGGGUCGGGGAAGGGGACGGUGUCUGCGCGCAUUACCAAAACUUUUGGACUGCAACACAUUUCUAGUGGGGACAUUUUGAGGGCCAACAUCAACGCCAAAACCGAGCUCGGUCUGCUGAUGAAGUCCUGCAUUGAUCAGGGUCAGCUGGUACCCGAUGACGUCAUGUCUCGUCUCAUUCUGAGUGACCUGAGAGCGAUGGACCACAGCAGCUGGCUGCUCGAUGGCUUCCCUCGUACAGUAUCUCAGGCCGAGGCUCUGGAUGGGACCUAUAGAGUGGACACAGUCAUCAACCUCAAUGUACCUUUCCAGACCAUCAAAGAGAGGCUCACGUCUCGCUGGACUCACCUUCCCAGCGGCAGAGUCUACAACAUCGAUUUCAACCCUCCCAAAGUCCCUGGUUUGGAUGACGUGACAGGGGAGCCUCUGGUCCAGAGGGACGAUGACACACCAGAGACGGUCACACGCAGACUGAAGUCCUAUGAAAACCUGACAGAGCCCGUCUUAGAGUACUACAGGAGUAAAGGUGUGCUAGAGACCUUCUCUGGGACAGAAACCAACAAGAUCUGGCCACAUGUCGAGACGUUCCUCCACAGAAAACUCCCCUCCGUCCAACAGAAAGUCGCAUAGGCACGAGAAGGGUUAAAGUUUACUGGCAGAAACCAAUCUGUUUGCGACAUCCAAUCAGGUGCCACUUUCUGUGAAACAAGAGAAGAGCCAUCUGUGUAAUGAUAUAUUAUGAGGAGCAGGCUCAUACAGUUGAUGUCAGGAAGCGAUAGUUAGACUGCAGAUGUUGUUGGGAAAAACUCCACUGUUGCACUGUGUCGAUCACGUCUCUGAAUUUAGUUUGGCUAAACUCUCAGGACGCUUAAAAUCCUUCAAACAUUAGCGUUUAGACGUUUCACAGAUUGUCUCUUUAUUUAAUUAUGUGCCUUUAUAAAGCCAGGAGACGUCAGUGAAACGAAGAUCAAGGUCUUUAACAGCACAGUAUCAAGGUCACAUUCACAAGAAAUGUUGCAAGAUAGAAAUAGUUAUGUCAAGUCUUCUCUGGUGAAAGCAAGCAGCUAAAGAGUGGAGUGAUGUUUAGGUGUUCUUAUUGCAAACAUGAGUACUUUUUUUCAGUUGAUGGCAGCCACACCCAGCAAAAUGUUUUGAGAUAAAUUAGAGGCUUUCCUGUUUUCUCUUGCUUUGAAAGCAAUAACGCAUGUUCAUUUUGCCCCCGCACAACAAAGAUAUAAAUAGCUGCCUUAUCGGGACUGUUUGUUCAGGGUGACUACAGGUGUAAACAAGGUAAAUUUAAGACCUUUUUAAAUACAAUAAAUAUAAAAUGUAAUAUAAAUUAGCACUAGCAUGGGGUUAGUUUAACAAGACAGACUAAUUGCGGGAUAGAAAUGCGAAGAAGGGGCAAAAAUAGAGGCAUCGCACACAUACAGGUGUUGUGUUAAAGUCUGUUUCCCAGGCAAAUAGAGUUCCCCUCCUGUUAAAAUGUGUCCCUCCCUACUCUGGCAUACAGUCUUUGACACAACACUGAAUUCUUGCGAUGAUGUCACUAAAAAAAGUUUAAAGCUACAGCUGGUAACUUUUAUAUGAAUAGCUUUUUGUCAUAUUUGCGUAAGCUAUCCCAGGGGUCAGCAACCUGAAGCUCUUUAGCCCCUCUCCAGUGGCUCCCUGUUGGUUUGACAGACAAUUAUAUGGAAAUGAAUAACCUUUUUUUUAACAUUUCCAUUUAUUUUUGUAGGCUUGAAGUGAUUCUUACAUUCUUCAGCUGUAAAAAUGCGUAGCCUAUACACCCAUUUAAAAAAAUGUUUUAACAUUUCGUCAACUAAAAUAUGCGUCAUACAUCUGGCCUGGGGCCUUUUCCUCUAAAAACAUCACUAGCGAUGGCUACGGUAGCCUUGGGUCUUCCUAGCUCGGUUAGCUGUGGAUUCAAACUCCGAAAAGGGAAGUCUCAGGGAAAAAUAGAGAAGCUAAUAGUGCAUGGACAAAUUUGUUUGCGUUUAUCAGCAACGCUGCAAAGUUAAAGUACCAAAUAAUCAAAUAUAGCUCACUGCAGAGGAGCCACCUUGUGCUAAAACAUAUUAAUGAAUGCUCAAGUACAUUUAUUAUGAGGCUUAAAUAUGUUCUGCAGCUCCAGACAGAUUUUUUUUUUUUUAGCCGAAAAUGGCUCUUUUGAUAGUAAAGACUGCCGACCCCUGAGUUAUCCCUACAUCCUGACAGUAGGACAUAAGACAGACAAUCUGUAAAGAAAUCAUGUUCCUCUGCUUCCUCAUAGUGCUUCUAAAGGCAUUGGCAAGAAUCACUGCGCCUGAAUAAAUCAACUAAUCAGAGCCGAGUAAUCUCAUAACUGGCAGUCAGUUGCUGCUUGAAGUGUGGUCAAACUGUCAGACUAGGCAGCGUUGAUCAAAUGUGAAUCAAGAUUCUGUCACUGCAUUGCCUUUUUCUUUCCUUGAAUAUGUUCAGAAACAUAUUUUAGUGUACUGUUUAUCUGUGAUAUGAGAAACUUUGCUCUAGCUUGUGAGUGGUGCUCAGUUUUUGCUUGACUGUUUCCAAAAUGGCAGCUGGGUCGCAGUGCAUUCUUGCAGGAAGGCCAGGAACUAGAGGCAGAGGAACAUGAUUUUUUUUUCCAAAGAUUAUUUGUCUCAUGUACUACUGUCAGGAUAUAGUGACAGUUUAUCAAAUAUGAAAGUUAUUUUUUAUAAAAGUUACCACCUACAGCUCUAAGACUCACCCAUUUUUAAAUAGUCUUAAACUUGAAUCAUACUUCCUACUGCUUUUAUUGGUAAAUGUGUAUUUUAAGGACCUGUAGCCACCCUGUUUGUAUGCAUUAGGUAAUUACUAAAGGGAUUUGUGCCAUGCGCUACACAUUACUGUAAAUUCACUUUUGCACUAAAGUGCCUUUUGCUGCUGUGACAGGCAGCUCAGUGAAUGUAGUUUUUAAUGUUUUUAUGAACAUAAACCACAACCACACUCACUUUAUUGAACAUUUUUAAAGUUUUUAUUAAACCAUCAUAGUGUAACACUUUAUUUAAACCACCUUAAGUCUUAACAGCCUGUGAAAUAUGCCACAUUAUUUCCAUUUUAACCAGGCGUUUCAUGUGGUGACAAGGUCUUUAAGUGUAUACUGAUAUUUGCCUUUUCAAUGCCACUGGACAACUAAGAACCUAAUUUUAAAAAAUGUAUUAACUUAACACAUUUAAAGCAGAGUUUGUACAGGACUAUCAUCUUGUUCGAUGACAUCAUGGCAUUCAAGGCUGAUCAGCAGUUGUGUGUUUUUGCACUUAAGUCUUAAGAAUGUUAGAUCGUGUGAUAAGCAACAGAGACGCUAACUUGCCUCGAGAAUGUACUGUAGAUUUAUGAGUGAAUGUUUCCUGAAUUGUACUGUGUGUAUGUCUUAAAAACUUGAAAGCAAUGCUUAAAAGCACAUCUCCUCUUCAUAGACAACUUACAACUGUGUCGUGAGUAUUUAUUAAAAAUCACAAUAAACUUC